AUGGAGGCGGCCGCUGAGGCCCCGGGCGCGGGUCCGCCCGGUGAAGAGCUUCGCGCCGAGGCCCCGGGGCUCCACCGCUGCUCCUCGGCCGAGGAGGCCGCGCUGGAAGUGAGUUGGGUUCAGGGAUUCCCAAACAAGAACUUUGGCUUUAUCAACAACCAAACUGUCUGUUACCCUUGUGGCAACUACAUCCUCUUCCUGGACAUUGAAACCAAGAAGACGACAUUUCUGCAGUGUCAGGCUGGCCAGGUGGGAGCCUUCACAGCAAAUGGGAACUCUCAAGUGCUGGCCUUUUCCGACCGAAAGCUGAAUCCCAUCAUAUAUAUCUACAGUUUUCCAGAACUGAAUAAACUGACAGAAUUAAAAGGUAAUGCUCAGCUGGACUACACUUUACUAGCACUUAGUUACACAGGCCCAUAUCUAGCCAGUUACUCUUCGAUCCCAGAAUUUGUUCUUUCAGUAUGGAACUGGCAAGAAAAUAUCCUUCUGUGCAGUGAGUCUCAGCCAGGGGUAACAGCAACCUCUUUAAGUUUUAAUCCUAUGAAUUGGCAACGACUAUGUAUUGUUAGUGAGAGCUCUGUUACUAUCUGGCAUAUUGAAAGGAAUAAUGAUGAGCAUCACCUUAAGCAAAACCCUGUGAAACUCCCUGAUGGACAAGGGUCAAUGAAUCCUGAUGAGGGUUUGUUUUUCCCAGUUUUUCACAGUGAAGAUCCAUACUAUGGCCCAGAUUUGCCAGUUUCAGCCAUUGCUGGACUGGUAGGAGAUGAAGCAGAAACAUUCAUGCCUAGAAAUCAAAUGAAGCCUUCAGUGCAUCCUACUGGCCACUGCUGGACUGCAACCUCAAAAAUCUACGUGGGUUGUAAAGAAGGAUUUGUUUUGGCAAUUGAUGCUGAGACACUCAGCAUUUCUUUUCUUCAACAAAAACCUCUACCUGAAUACCUGUGUAAAAUUUUGGAUGUGGUGUCGUAUGCUCGUAGAGAAGUACAGAAAAAGAAAGGUGGCAAACCAGAGGAUCUGCAAAACCCAGCUUUAUUUUCCAUGGCAUUUUGUAAUGAGGGACUGUACGCAGCUGGAACGGAGGGCACAUUAUUGUUUUAUCACAUCAAAUAUGGGCAGUAUGAGAUUAAAAUCUGUGCUGAUAUCUCACAACCCAUAUCCAGCCUGAUAUUUUCUCCUGAUUACACCUUACUCCUGCUUGUCACUGACCAGGGGACAGUCUACACUUACAAACCUGCCCACAGUAGAGAAGCUGUCAAACUCUUGGAUGCAUGCAGUAGUUGUUUUCUGGCAGCUGAUUUUCUUACUCCAGGGAAUAAGUACUGUGUGUCUGUAACAAUUUCAGGUGAAGUACAAGUUUGGUUCCUGGAAGAUGGAACUUGCCUUAGCAAGCUAAACCUUGAUAUUGAGGCAACUGCUAUGGCUUGCUGUCCCUCCUCCAACAGUGUUGCUCUAGGGACCAGCAGAGGUCAGAUCUAUUUCCUUGAUGUUACCAAUGCUGAAGCUCCACGGGUUGUUCACAGAAUUUUUCUUUCCAAAUUUCCAGUGCUGUCUUUGCAUUAUGAUCAGAGCGGCCAGUUCCUCAUUGCCAGAGCUACAGAAGGACAUAUCUUUAUUCUAGACUCCCGGCCUUCAAAGUUGUUCCAGGUUCUUGGAUAUGUAGUGUUGGCAGAUGAAGUUCUGGGUCUUUCUGUAGUUUCUGACUUCAAGAACGACUUAGUUGAAGUGAUGGCACUUCUUAACGUAGCAGAGGUCCAGCAAGCAAGACUGGAAGUUUUUUGUCUGUCUUCAGCACUCACAACAGAUAAUGAUAAGUAUGUUAAUGAACAAGGAGUGCUUAAUGCUAGUGCCAUUAAAAAGCAGCAGUAUGAUCUGGAUUGCCCUCUGAGCUCAGCAGUCAGAUUGAAGGAUAAUCUUGUGUAUGGCUACUGUACCUGUGCACCUUUCAUCUGCAGAUACCAUCUCUCUCAAGAGAAUAUGUUGGAAGAUGCAUCAGUAUUUUUAUCAGAAAAGAGGACUCCUAGCAAUCAGUUUGGAUCAGGUUUCCUCUGUUUAUCACCCAACAGCCAGUGGCUAGCAUCAGCAGCAAGGGAUGGUGUUUUGUUCAUCUAUCAUCUUUCCACAAUGGAUAUACUUGCUCAAAACCACUGUCACUCUUAUCAAGGAGGGGGUAUCAGAUCCAUGGUAUUUUCGCUGGAUGGCAAAUUCAUCCUGGUGACUGGUGAAAAUGAUGGCACCCUGGUGUGUCUGAAAUGGAAGGAGAUAAAGAAAACUGAAGAUCAGGAAGCUGAUAGUCACUGGCAGUCUCUUCUUGCUAUACUGAACAAGUCUACUUCGAAUGAAAAUGCUGUUUUAAAAUCUAUGGCAGAAUGGCAGUUUGACCCAGAAUCCACAUCAGAAUCACUUCCAGAAGAUACAUUUAAGGAGGCAGCAUGUAAAUCUUCCAGUGUAGAGGUGACAGAAGAAGACAGAAACAUCACCAGUUUGUAUUCAGCCUGUGCCGAUGACAUGUCAUGGAUGGGUCAGAAAAUAAAGAAGAUCAUUACAGAAGAGACUCAGAGGUUUGCUCACCAGAAGGAAGAGCUGCAAAUGGGCAUUAAAAAGCUGCGUAAAACUAUUCAGAAAAUGAUGCAUGAAAAUGAGCAAGUGCCAGACAUUGAGAAACUGGAGCAGCAGGAGUUCAACCUGGAUCUAGAAGAACAGGAAAAAACACAAGCAGAGGCUGACCAGAAAGUGGACAGGGUGAGGAACGAGAUUGAGAUGGAGAAUUUAGCCAACCGCUACUUGAAGGAUGUCAUCAAGCAUGAGUGCUGGGAUGCCAUGCAUGUAAAAGGAUGUGCAAUUAAGUGCUUCCAUAUGGCUUUUGACGUGAAGAAUUAUCCACUGCAGAAACGUAGUGAAGAAGAGCUGGAAGCUUUGGAGAAAGUUCUCCAGUUAAAAAACAUUGAGACAACUGAUUUUAAGGUUCAAAAGAAAAAUACUGAGAUUGUGUGUAAGCCUGUAUUACCUAAGGAAGGAGAGAAGGCAGAAGUAACGGCUGAUGAUAGUGCAUCUUACAGCCCGAUUGGAAGUCUGAGCUCUCAGUAUGGUGGAGACACUUCUGUCCUGUACCCCCAGUGGGACUUGCACACCAGGGAGCAGAAAAUCAACCAGAUAGUAUUACUGAAGGACAUCAUUUACAAAGUGAAAACUGCUUUUAAUGAAGAAUUUGAUGCAGUUGCACAACAAAAGGAGCAGGAGGUAGCACGAGUGAAGGAAAGAAACCUGCGGAUCCGAGAAAUCUUGGCACAACUUGGCAUCCAAAUGGAAGUGUGGGAGCCAGCUCUCACAGAUGAUGAGAUACCAGAGCGAGCACUCACUGUUCAGGAUUCAGAGAUUAAAGCUGAAAAAUCCUUGACUCAACAAGAGAAAGAGAAAGCAGAAUUGCUGGCUAAGCUUGAAAAAGAGAGGCGCAACGCUUCUACGGACAAUGAGAGACUGCGUGCUCUUGAUGACAUGAUGGGUGGAGUGCUAGAAAUCAAAAGGGAAGACAUCUUGAAAAUGGAUGUUCCUCCACCUCCUUUUAUAUCCAAGUCUGAGGAUCUUUGGAAUGAAGAAGAAAGGAGAGUAUUUAGAGAAUAUGAGAAAAAAGUCAAGGAGCUGAAUGAAGAAAAAGAAGAAUAUAGAAUGGAACUGAAACAAGAAUUGAAGGAACUUGAAGCUUCCAUCCAGGAAACAACCCAAAAUUUUGAUGAGACUCUGUGCAAACUCUCUGAAAGGAAAGUGAAAUUUGAGAUGGUCAUCUAUCAGGAAGAACUCAAAAUAUUAAAUCUUGUUUAUACUUUACUGUUGGAUGAAGAAUUGAAUGCUAGAGAAGCUGGACUUCAUAAUUUCCUCAUGAAAAAGGAGAAAGAAAAAAUCAAGUCUGCAAGAACAAUCCAGACUACAAAAAAGAAAAUUAAAGCUUACAUAGGCACCCGUGAAACUGCAAUAGCUGAAGAGAAGAAUCUGGAAUGUGGUUUUGCAAAGGAGUUUGCUGACAUACCUGCCGAUCUCCUUGAUGAACUUCACCAGCUUUACAAACAUCGUCCAAAGACCCCAGUGACAGAAAUGCUCCUUGACACUGCUAACCCGUAUAAGGAUUGUUCAGGCUCAGCUGAAGAUUACAAGGAGUCACUUGCCCUUUUAAUGAAAGCCAUGGAUGAACUGGAUAGUUCUGAGCAUAUGCCUAAUGGCUUAGACCCAUCUGUAUGGGAACAUUUUUGCAUAGCUAGACGAAAUAAAAUGGAGAGUGAGGAGCUGGUGAAAUGGACAGCCCAAACACUGGCAGAGAUGCAGGCCUUUCUCCGCAGAAGAAUGGUUGAAAAUGAGAAGAUCGAGUCAGAACUAAAAGCCAUUUUCCAAGAACUCACAUGGCUGCAAGAGGAGAAGAUGAAACUGCAAUUGAAUUUGAUUGUGCAGUUUUUGCUAAAACAAGGACAGGUGGAAUUGAAAAGUGCUGCUAUCCCAGACUACACUGAUGCCAUUCUCAUUAGUAAGAGUGUUAUUGAAGAUCUGAAUUGCUCUAUCAUGGCUCAAGGAAAAAAAAAAAUUGCAAGCAUGGUGGAAUGUAAAGACUUCUCUAAAGGGAUAUUUAAACUGGAAUGGCAACACAAGAAAAUGAGAAUGCAGAUAGAAGAUCUGAAACAGAAGGCUCGGGAUAUUGUAACACUACCUAUUUCAAAAGAUCGCCAGCUAUUCCUAACUGAGCUGAACUACGACAGCUGCGUCGCCCAGCGCAUUUCAGUGAUGGAGCGGACACUUGGUGUCAUCGAUAAGCUGCACAAGAAGAAUGUGAAGAACUGUAAGAAAAGAAUUAAAGAGUUGGAGAAGUGCAUCAGUUUAAAAGAGCAGGCAAACUACAAGCUCAGCCUGGAGCUGAAAGAAAUGCUUGUCUCUGUCUCAGAAAGGAGUAACAUCUCGAAGGCAGCAGACAUACAGCCUGUUUCUGAAAAGAUUAAAAAGGAGCGUUACCAAGAGAUUUUGAAGCAGAAACACCUACGGAAUCUUGUAGGGAGAGAGGAAGAACAGGUUGAAAUUCUUCAGGCACAAGUUGCAAGACUGAGAUCAAGAACAUUCCCUAUUCUUUAAAGACCAGAGUCCAUGUAGAUAAGACUGUGGUAUUAUAAGUCUAAGAAAAAUAGCUUGAGCAUCAGCCUUUUCUACCUGAACUUUUCUUUCCACAGCUAUUUCUUCUGUAAUUUCUUUAAAAAUAACUUCCAUUUGAAAGACACAUAUUUGUUUGUUUUGUGUAUUUUAUACCUAAUCUUAGCUCCUUUAUAUUUCAGUUCAUGACAUGAAUUUCUACAGAGUUGAUUAUAUAAACCAUAUAGCUCAUUACAGAAAACAAAGGCUACAAGAAAUUGUAGACUGAUAGUACAGGUGUAUUUGUAUAUCCUUAGUCUGCAAGAUGCAAUUGUAGAACAUUUGGAACGUGAAGUACUGCAAGAAAUCCACACUAUAGCUGGUACAAUUCAUGUCUGUGGCUUUGACUUAAUUUUGUUCUGUAAAAUAUAUUUAUACCUGUGAUGGCACAGGAGCAGGUAGCUGAAAAGAUGAAGGUACCCUUCAGCCUGACUAUGCCUUCUAUCUGGCCUUGUCCUGAAAGCUGCUGCUGCUUAUGGCAGCCUUAUUACCUACUGCCACUGGCAGAAUCACAGGAAACCAGGUCUGGAAGCAUCUGGCCUCCUGAAACAGUUGCUGCUACCUUCACAUCCAAAUGCAGUCUAUUCUCCUGCCAGAUCUCUCCAAGGCAGCUAACAUAGAUUAAAAAACCCUUGAUAAAACUAACCACUGCGGGAGACUGAUCUCAAGCAUUCUCACCCCUUUUUGUUUCCUUCUUCUGUGGUGUGUGUCAAUACUUCUCCUUUCAUAAAUUCACAUAAAAUCUAAACUCUUUCCACUGUGAGACCAUUAAUAGCUUUGAUACCUUAGUUUAACAAAAUUCAACACUUCUAAGGAAAACUACUUCUGUUGUGAUCUUGUAGACCACCUCCUUUUUUCCCUUAUUUUUAACUGAGUCUGUAAGGAUUCUAAUUGCAUCUCCCUCUUCUUAUAAGACUUUUUUUUCCUGCUGAAACUUCCCUAGAAUUAAGAGUUCCCAAUUUGCCAAGGACCUCAGGGAAAAGAAAAGUCCCCUUCACCAGUCGUCAUCACCUUUUUUUUUUUUCCUACAUUGAGAAAUGUAAGAAAUUACUCCUUCAUCAAGGAAACAGGAAAUGCCACCUCUAAACAAAAUAGUUAAGGUGCAACCAAUAAGGAAUGUGAUUGCAUAUAAAAAAAAUUGAUAGCAGGGAGAGCUGUAGAGUCAUGAUUUUGGUUUUGUUACACCUGACAAGCAAUGAUUUUAAGGAGAAAAGAAGCAGACAGAAGUCAUCACACUACACGCAAAGGCCAGCUAAGAAAAUUUCAGGCCAUUUCAAAACUUUUAAAAAUGCAGU